AUGUCCCAUUCAGCUGCUGUCCCAGCUGCCCCGCAGCUCAAACGAGGUCAAGAGGAUGCGGGUGCGGGUGCGGGUACGGAGCAGGGCGGUACGGAGCAAGCCGGCCAGCAGUCAUCCAAACGUAUCAAGCUGGACAGGGACAGGGACACGGAGAUGGGAAAUGAGAAUGGGAAUGGGAAUGGGAAUGGGAAUGGGAAUGAGCAGCAGCUCGGCCAAUCCAGUGCCAAUGUCCACACCGACGCCCAGGCCCAGGCCAGCACGAGUGGCAGCAUUGAUGGCCGCGUUGUUGCAGACGGAGACGAUGAAGAGGAUGUGCGAGGCAGGGACUUGCGACCCAAUAGAAAUGUCGGGCAAAAUGUCAGCUUCGAUAGAGGUGGAGGCGAGAGCAGAGCAGUGGGCGAGGAUGGUGAAAGGGGUGCAAGAUUGCCGGUGAGUGAGCGCGGGGGGGGCAGGGUGCGAGGGUGCGAGGGUGCGAAGGUGCGAGGGUGCAAGGGUGCGAGGAUGCGAGGGUGCAAGGGUGCAAGAGGGCGAUCGCAAUCACUCACGUGCUCGUACUGCACUUUAGAAACGCAAAGUGGCCAUCUACUUUGGCUACUGCGGUAUCGGUUACUCUGGUCUGCAAAUGUGAGUGGGCUGCGGCGCGAUCCACCUCCCCAUGGCGUUGCCUCUCACGCUCCGCGCUUCACACUCACCAUCAGCAAUCCGGGCGUCAAGACGAUCGAGGGAGACAUUUUCGAUGCCUUUUGCAAGGUGGGAGCAGUCUCGAAAGAGAACGCUGUCAAUCCCGUCAAGGUGAGCCAUCGCGUCGGGCAAAGGGCAAGCGCUGAUCAGGGUGCAGGGAUGAACUGACACGCGCCCGCGCCCGCACACACACGCACACGCAGGUCGGCCUUCAACGAGCUGCUCGAACAGAUCGCGGCGUGCAUGCCGCUGGUAAUCUCCUCACACUCAAGCUCAUCCUAGAGCCUCCCAACGUGCCGCAAGGUGGAGUGGUGGGUGCAGUGAACGAUCUGUUGCCAGAGUAUGUGCGCAUUUGGGGUCUCACGCGCGUGCAGAACAGUUUCAACGCUAGGACAUCCUGCGACUCGAGGAUGUACGAGUACCUGUUGCCCACGUACGUCUUUUUGCCGCCCAAACCAGGAAGCAGCAUGCACGAUCUGCUCAAGCACUGGCACGACAAGAGCGUCGAACAUGGCAAAGACGUCUCGCUGCUGGGCCAGCUGCUGCAGCAUCCCUUUUGGAGGAGCCAAGGGACGGAAAAGAGCUAUGCGGAGGAUGUGGUGAAGAAGAAAAAGUGGAGGAUGGAUGGGGAGCAUGUGGAGCGCGUAAGGCAAGCCUUUGAAAAGUAUGCGGGAAGUCACAAUUUCCACAAUUACACGGUGGGCAAGUCUUUUAGAGAUCGCAGCGCGCAUCGCGUCAUGAAACAUCUCGAGGUGCGUGUGGUCUUGUGGGGGAGCGGUGGCGUGCCGGUGCGUGCCGGUGCGUGCCGGUGCGUGCCCGCAUAUGCUGCUGACGCGACUGCUGUCCACAGAUUUCCGAUCCAAAGGAGAUCGACGGGACGGAAUGGCUGUCGAUCAAGUUUCAUGGACAGUCCUUUAUGCUUCACCAGAUUGUGAGUGAUGCGCACACCCACGCAAGCCGCCGCUCACUCCUUCCUGUCCGCCUCGCUCGGCAGCGCAAAAUGAUUGGCCUGCUGGUGCUGGUGGGACGCACGGGAGCACCAGCAUCGCUGAUUCCAGAGACGUAUGGACCUGCGCGCAUCCAUGUGCCCAAAGCGCCAGGGUUGGGUCUGCUACUAGAAGAGCCGCUUUUUGGCGGCUACAAUCUCAAGGUGGCCAAAGUUCAGCCGGGGGCAGAGGAGCGAUCGCCCGUCACUUACAAGGACUUUGGCGAGCGUAUGCAAGCGUUCAAGCAGACCUUUAUCUACGAUCGCAUCAUCAAGACGGAAGAAGAGACGUCAGAAUUUGCAAAGUGGCUCAACUAUCUCGACGUCUUUCAAGGUCCAGAUUUCGACUAUCUCAAUCCGCGCGGAAACAUUCCGCAGAGUGCGAUUUUGAAAGUGGGCGAGCAGAGAAGAGCAGCGGGUGGACAGGCCAAGGGCGCUUUUAGGCCCGAAGCGGUCAAUACGAGCACGAGCGCUGCGCAACAGGGCGCUCAGAUCGAUAGCGAAGAUGAAGAUGAACACGCUCUUCGCGGAAAGAUGGACGAGUUUGAUGGGUGA